AUGCACCAGGCCUUCGACCCCGGGAAGGCCGAGGUCUUUUCCGCUUCAAAAGCCCAAAUUUGUGAUAUUGAUGACCGCAGUAGCAACUUGCACAGUCAUAAAGGUGCGGCCUUCCACUGGGACGAUGACCACGACUCCCUCUCUCGUCGCCUGAGCCUUCUUCUCCUCGAGUUCGACCGCGUAUGUGACCUUCCCAGUGGUACCUGUGACGUUCCUUUUGGAACGACCCCUGCUUUAGAAGCACGUGACACGCUGGUGUCGGCUUCUCCAGGUUGUUCGGACGCUGUCGCGAUGCCUCCUGCUGACCCGCGCAGGUCGCCUACCGUCAUGUCCGAGGCCCUUGCUGCCGAGUUGGUGGGCGUCAUGUCUCAAUGCUGUGCCCGCCUGCAAGACGAUGAGGGCAACGGGGAGGACGGGGAAGGCAGGAAGGACGACGUUUUGCGGGCAUGCGUCUGGAUUCCUUGCCUCCCCCCCCCGCGCAACUCGCGUGACGUCCCCCCCCAAGGAGGCUUUCCUUUACGGCAAGAGCAUCGCGAGGAGAGGCCAAGCGAGCAAUUUUUCACGAUGAUCUGCCGGCUCAUGGGUCGGAGGGAUGCUCCUGUCGGGUUGGUGCGCCAGUUUUGUCGCCACGCGGUCUUACCCCGCUUGCUUCGUCUUCAGGGAGCCGCCUCGCGUUCGCUCAUCGAUGCCCUCGCACGCCUAGCCUCCCUCCGUCCCUCCCUUGUCCUCACCCACGUCCUCGUCCCCCUCCUCUGCCAGCCGGCGGGGUCCCUGGGCUCCGUGCAAUGCGAGGCGGUCGCUCGGGUGAUCAAGCAGGGAUGUUUUGGAAUGGGGGAGGAAGGAAGUGGGGGCUUUGGUGGGAGGAGAGGCGUGUACCUGGAGAAGUUGCUCCGAGGGUUGUGUGGUUGGGACUUGUCGCUGAAUCUCGGCGAUGAACGUGGGAACGGUGCGCAGGAGAGAAAAAGUCCAGAGGUCGUGGAGGGGGAGGAGAGCCGUGGUCUGGAAGGGAAUGAGAAGGAAGGGAGGAGUGAGAAGAGAAGAGGGGGCGGCGGGUUGGAGCAUGGGAGGGCGAUGCUUUACCCUGUGUGUGAGUGGACAGAUGUAACACUGCCGGUGCUGACGGCGGUUCUGGGCCAGCGCCCCACUUUGUCAGAUGAGACCGUACUGGUUGUACUGGAGCGACUACGGGCUGCAUUGGAGGGCGGCGGUGAUCUGAUGCAUUCUUUCAAGCUCGCUGCAUUAAUAAAUGCGCUUCAA